CUGCAAACAGCACCAGAGGAAUUCGCCUUGCCGCGGAAGCUGCCUGCUGCUGCAUUGAUUGCUGGCCUGUCGGUUUCCUUCUGUCUGACCCCAGCAGAUGGGGAUAUAAGAAGGACACUGCAAUCGCUCUCAGACACAGCCUGCAGUCACGAGAAAGUCAGCAUUCAGCAUAACUUACACAACUCUAUCAGCGUGACAGAGUGAAAGUUUUAGCUUCCACUCUACAAAAUACCCUCUGGUUCCCUAACAUGGUACUCCUCCUCUCUAUUCCUUUUACACCCUUCCAAGCAUGAGCUCGUCCUCGCAGGUCGAGAUCCUUGUGCACGUCGCCGCACCAAGCAAAUCAUCAGACGACACAUACUACAGACAGCUCGCCCAGUCCUAUCUGUCCUUCAAACCAAAGAACAGACAGCACAUCUCUUCCACCAAGUUACCUUUGAAUCACACACAGGACAACACAGCCAGCCAGGAUGGCGUGUCACAAGUCUCCCCGCCUGUGGAAGCCCUGUGUCGCGAUUCCCAAGAACUCAGCUUCACCGGUGCAUUUGGAAACCAUUCAUCGCCUCUUGUACGACUGAUAGGCUCCCAGCCAGAUACGGACACGCAUCCGCAGUCUGUCCCGGUACAAAACCAUGCAACUCCCCCCAGCGAGAUUGGAGACUCUUAUACAUCUCCAAACAAAGGUGUUGUCCGCGUUUCUCCAACCAAGGUCUUACGACGAUAUAUUAGCGCAAGCAUCAUCUCAGACGAUUCAUCGCCACCAACUCCCUCCCCAACACGACGAACCCGCGAAUCAGCACCGCCUACGUUGCCGCAGUCUCGCAUAGAAAGCGUGCAGGCAAUGCAGUCUACUCGUAUGCAGCUACUGCAAGGCUGCAUCCCAGGAACACCUCUAGCGCAGCAAGCCGUUUCGAAAAAGCGUCCAGCUCCAGAUACCGACCCAGAUACGUCCAGAAUAGAAGUCACACAUAUAUCAAGCAGCAUCGACAAUGACUCUAUAUCAUCGACGCCGCCCCUCGCCCAACCUAUACCAAUCUCGGCUCGACGGCCCGCACACGUCCGCUCUGAGUCUGAGCCUAUGGCCUCGAAGCGUCUAAAGUAUCUUGGCUCCGACACUCCCACGGUGAUACGAAGUUCUAGUGAUUCUGUGUUGCCUCAUAGUGGGGAGUCUUCACCUUCAACAUCGUUCACGCUCGCCAUCCGGCCUCCAUCGCCUCCAGUGUCGGUUCAGAUCCUGGAACCACAUUCGCUUAUUCCUCCAAAGCUUGAAAAGUUGGCUUCAGAUUUGUCCUCCCGAUAUAAGCCUGUGUAUGGGAGUCAGUCUAUACAACCUUUUGAUCGAGGGUACUGGCUGGUGGAUUGCUCCUCGUGGCCGCCACACGUGCAGGACGAAGCUUGGAGCUUCCUUUCCAAUUACAUCCAAGGCGGACUCGCUGGCUGGGGCGUGUGGUGUAGAAGGGGCAGCGUGUCGGGUGAUUGGCUACGGAUAUACAGCUGGGCACACGUGGCAAAGCAUACGUACUUGCUUGCCUAUCUUGCCAGUGGCCGACACAUAAAAACCAGAGGUGCAAGCUGGUAUGGAGCUGAUGGAGAAGUGCUGAUUACAGUACAGCCUGUUGGGUGGGAACAGUAAAUGCAUGGGAACAUUGAUUGAUUUAUGGAGUUUGGGGGUGUCUAAGUAUUGGGAACUGGUAUACAACACGGUAGGCAUUUUACGACGGAAUAUCAGAAGGGUGCUUUAUAAGGACACGAAGGCAAUUGGUAAUGACAAGCAUAUUA